AUGUUUCAAUCAACUACCUCUGAUUUCCUUAAUUUCAAACCUAAUCGAACACUUCAUAUCACUUGCCUUACCAUCGGUAGCCGUGGUGAUGUUCAACCUUAUAUUGCACUAUGUAACGAGUUGGCUAAAGAUGGUCAUCGGACCCGAAUUGCUAGUCAUGGUGAAUAUAAAGAUUGGAUCGAAGGUUAUGGUAUUGAAUUUGUUGAGAUUGGUGGUGAUCCAGCUGAGUUGAUGAAGAUUUGUGUGGACAAUGGAAUGUUCACCUUGUCAUUCUUAAAGGAAGGACUCACCAAAUUCAGAGGAUGGUUAGACGAUUUACUAUCAAGUGCUUAUGAAGCAUGUCAGGGAACCGAUCUUCUGAUUGAAAGUCCCUCGACCAUGGCAGGGAUUCAUGUAGCUGAAGCUUUAGGAAUCCCUUACUUUAGAGCGUUCACCAUGCCUUGGACUCGCACUCGUACUUAUCCGCAUGCAUUCGCUGUACCUGAUCAUAGGAUGGGAGGAGGUUAUAACUAUAUGACGUAUACGGUUUUUGAUCAAGUUUUCUGGAGAGCAAUUUCAGGACAAGUGAAUAGAUGGAGAAAAGAAAAACUAGGAUUGAGAUCCACUACAUUUGAUAAGAUGGAAUGUCAUAAAGUACCGUUCUUAUACAACUUUAGUCCUUCGAUUGUACCUAUGCCAAUUGAUUGGUUCGAAUGGGUUCAUAUUACUGGAUAUUGGUUUUUAGACGAAGGUCAAGGUGAGGAUGAUAAAAAGAUUGAUCAAGAAUUGAUCAAGUUCUUGAAUAGGUCUAGAGAGAUGGGAAAGAAAAUUGUUUAUAUUGGAUUUGGAUCGAUUGUGGUUCCAGAUCCAAUAGGAUUAUCAAAGAUGGUAAUAGAAGCAGUAGAAAAAUCAGGAGUUCAUGCAGUGGUAUCAAAAGGAUGGUCAGAUCGAAUGAGUAAAAAAGAUAAUCAACCACAAAAAGAAAAUCAAACUAAAGAAGAUGACGAAUUGAUCAAUGAAUCUGAACAAAUCUUUAAUUUACAAUCUGUACCACAUGAUUGGUUGUUUCCUAAGAUUGAUGCGGUUUGUCAUCAUGGUGGGGCUGGUACUACUGGUGCUAGUCUUAGAGCUGGAGUUCCUACCAUUAUUCGACCAUUUUUUGGUGAUCAAUAUUUUUGGGCAGAUCGAGUCGAAAAAUUAGGAAUUGGAUUAGGAUUAAAAAAGAUGAAUGUGAAAAGUUUAUGUAAAGCAUUAGAGAUUGGAACUAAAGAUGAAGUGAUGAUUAAGAAAGCCAAGAUGAUUGGAGAAUUGAUUAGAUCAGAAUCUGGAGUUAGUAAAGCUGUUGAAAGUAUUUAUCGAGAUUUAGAAUACGCGAAAUCAUUGAUUAAAAAGAACAAAACCAAAGAACUCGGAGGAGAAGAAGAAGACCAAGAAAACCAAGAAGAAGAAGAAGAAAAUCAAAUGGAAUCAUCAGAUCAAUGUGAGAUUGAAGAAUCAGGAUCAGGAGAAACAGAAGAAAGUCAGUUGGAAGAAUUAGAUGGAUGUGAAGGAUUGGAAGGAGAUGAUGAAGAAGACCUAGAAGAAGGAGAAGGAGCAGAAGGAGAAGGAGAAGAGGAAGAUAAUUCAUCUUGGGAUCAUUUAUCUCAACCUUCAAUGUCACCUUUCUUUGGUCCAUUAUCAUAA